UUAACAUUGAAACAAAUAUUAUGUAAUAGCUUGCACAGCUGGUUCUAGUUGUUACUCAAAUACUUGACAUGUUUUUUAUUCUAUACAUUCUUUUAAUCUCUUUCUGAGCAAUGGUCUAUAAAACUAAAAAUACAGGAACUUAGAAAGAAAUAAACUUACAUAGUUAUUAAAGCUAGAUGAUUCGAAUAGAAAAUAGAGAUGUUUAAAAUGAGAAUAAACAAUUAGCUGACAAAGGAAUUGCAUCUUAGUAUUCAUUUGAUUUAUCUUAUUAAAAACCUACUCUGCUUGAACUCCAAUAACAAAAGGUUUAGUUAUUCCAUUUCCUCAUCAAUUUCUUGCUCAGAUUCAUAUUCAUCAUCUUCUUCAUGAUAUUGGAUAUCUUCCUGACUUUGUACACCUCUUAAGUUUUUAUUAAUAGAUUGAGAGCUUUGUAUUGGUCUUAAAUGAAUAGAAAUCCAAAUCUGCAAUGCUUUUUGUUCUUAAUGUUCUCCUUAGCAGCAUUAGCUCUAGCCAUUUCUUCAAUUUUUUUAUCUUUCAAAGCUAUUUUAGUUCUCAUCUUGCCUUCUUGGUAUUUCAUUUUCCUUUGGAACCUCUCCUUAUUAUUGAACUUUAAUUGAUUAUUUAAUUGAAUGAACUCUCUUCUUAAUAUUUCCUUUACACGCUCUUGUUCCUUGAGUUUCUCAAGCCUUUUAUCUGCCUCCUUCUGCUUAUCUAACCAAAUAUUAAUUUUCUUAGCCAUCCUUUCCUCAGUCUGCUUAAGUAUUCUAUCUUUCUGUUCAUUCUAUUCUUCAGCUUGCCUUUAGAUUUCAAGUAAAGCUUUAACCUUUUCCUUUUUUUUAGCUAAAUCUCUCCAAUGGUCUUUCUGUUUUUUUAUAUCUAGCUUAAUCUCUUUGCUCCUGUUCUUCCUUAGGUUUAAAAUUGCUGAAUCUUCAUGCGUUUUUCAAUAGCCUUUUGCUUAGCUUUCUUCUUCUGUAGUUGGAGUUCUUUAGUCUUCUUCAUCUGCUCAUUAUAUUUUUUAUUCAUCUUCUUCAUCCUUCCUUCGCUAUCUUCUAGAUGCUUCUGUUAUUGCUGCUCACAUUUCUUGACCUUUCCUAAACGCUAUUGCUCUUUAAGUUUGAAUUCCUGUUUUAUAGCUUUUCUUUCCUUUUCAGCUUUUAUAUCUUCCAAUUUCAAGUCUUUGAGGUUAUUUUAGAUACUUUUUAUGGUUUCCCCUCUCUUUCUUCUCCUUCAUGGUUUCCUCCUUCUCUUGCUUGAUUUCCUGAUCCAUUUUAUUUUCAUUGGAUAUCUUUAAUUGCCUGUUGAUUUGAUUAUUUUUCUCAGUUUCUUGCUUAAGAAGAUACUCAAAUAUAGCUUCCUUUUUUUCUAUUAAUUAGUUUUGGGGUUAUUCUUUAUCAGAUAUUUUUCAAACCUCUUUUGUUCCUUCUCUUUGAUUCUUUUAAUCAAUUUCAUUUGUUUUCUAGUGACUUCUUUGUCUUUGUUCAUAGCAUCUCCGAUGAGAGUUGAAGAUUUCAUUUCUAAAUUAGAUCGCACUGAUUUAGAUAUUUGAACACUCCUUCCAGAAAGUAACUUGCCAUUAGAUGUUUGGCACUGAGUAGAGCUAGCCAUUGUUGCAUGAUCAUAAGUGCUUCUGUCUAACUUCUCAAUAAGUUUAUUUCUUCUCAAUUUUAUUAAAUCUAUUAAUUCCUUUCUUUUAUUUUCAUGAAAUUUAUAACAUAACUAGGUCACUUUUGAUGAGAGUCCAGGCUCUUCGAAUUUAGAUUAAGGAACAUGUAAAAGCUCUUUGAUCAUAAUUCCUUCUAACUUGCAUCCCUCUAGGCUUCGAGGAAAAUUUAUCUUCUCAGUUCCCAUCUGAUCAAAGUCAGCAAUAGAUGUUCAACCGUUUUAGAAUCUUUGAGCUUCCCUUGCACUUGAGCUAAUUCUUCUGUCUCGGGUUCGCUUUGAAUCUGAGCUCUAUUCCUAAUAGGG